AUGGUAGAGAGCACCUAUGCGAGCGACUCGCCCCGAUCACGCUCUCCCAUGACGGAGCCAUCGAGUCCGCUGCACGAUGGUCCCGGUAUAUCCGGCUACAACCACAGCUACCUGUACAGCUACUCGCCCGAGAGCUUCCAGCAGAAGCUGAAGAGCGCCGACGUGCAGAAUCACGUGUCUCCGAGGCGCAACGACGUCGCCGGCGCGGCCGCCGAUGCGCACGUCGACCGGACGUCGUACUCGAGGAGCCCGAUCGGCAGCACGGAGGAGGUAACGCGACACCCCGGGAACCGCGAGCCGGCCUCCUCGCGCGCCGGCUCCUCCGCCACCAUGUCGUCGCCCACCUCGCUCUUCACCAUCGACAGCAUCCUGGCGCCGAGGCCGAUCGGCAACGUCGUCAGCCCGACGAGCACCACCACCGUCGCCGGCUCCGGCGUCAUCCAGACGCCGGAGACGAUCGAGUCGGCGGGCCGCGCCACCGCGAUGCAUCCGUUGCAGCAGCAGCUGCACCACUUGGCGUUCACCUCGGCGGAUUUUCUCGCCGCCGCAUAUCCAGGACUCUAUCCGGGAGGAUACGUGGCCGCGAUGGCUGCCGCCGGUGUCUCUCUUCACGGACAGCCGGCCUUCUACCACGCCGGCCACCAUUAUCAAAUCAAUCCCAACAACCCGGGAAUGGGCCCGAUGGCGAAGAGGAAACGUCGCCACCGGACGAUAUUUACCGAGGAGCAACUGGAGCAAUUAGAGGCGACCUUCGACAAGACGCACUACCCCGACGUGCUGCUGCGAGAACAAUUGGCGCUCCAAGUUGAUCUUAAGGAAGAGAGGAUCGAGGUGUGGUUCAAGAAUCGUCGCGCCAAGUGGCGGAAGCAGAAGCGGGAGGAGCAAGAUCGUCUGCGGAAGCUGCAACUGGAGCAACGUCAGCGCAACGACGACGGCGGCGGCGCCGCGGCGACGGUGAUGGUGAGCGAUCGUUUGAGCCUGAGCAGGCAGCAGCAACAGAAACUCGAGCAGGAUACGGACAGCUCCGAUCUCGAGGUGGCGUAGUCGGGGCCACGGCGAGAUGAGUCGCGAAUCCUUCCAUCGGCAGCCGACG